CUCAGCACCAUGAAUUAUACUUAGAUAACAAACCUGCAGUGUACCCUCUGAAUCUAAAAUGAAGUUAUUUAAAAAACAAAGAAUAUUAAUAAAGAGAUAGAAAUUAUAAAAGGAACCAAACAGAAACUUUGGCACUAAAAAGAACCAAAGGGAAAUUGUGUAGUUAAAAAGCACAAUAGGAUGAGGCAUGGUGGCUCAUGCCUGUAAACAUAGCACCUUGGGAGGCCAAGGCGGGAGGAUUGCUUGAGGCCAAGAGUUUGCCCUGGCAACAUAGCGAGACCCCAUCUCUACAGAAAAAUUACAAAAUUAACUGGUGGUACAUGCCUGUGGUCCUAGCUACUCAGGAGGCUAAGGCAGCAGGAUCUCUUGAGCCCAGGAGUUCACAGCUGCAGUGAGCUAUGAUUGCACUCCUGUACUCCAGCCUGGGCGACAGAGCAACACCUUGUCUCUAAAAAAAGAAAAGAAAAAGAACAAAAGUACAAUAACUUAAAUGAAAAAUUCACAAGUGAUGCUCAACAGUAGAUUUAAGCAGGUAAAAGAAGGAAGAUAAAACAAUUGAAAUUAUUAAGUCUGAGGAGCAUAAAGUAACAGAAUAAAGAUCAAAGUCCAAAAGAUUUGUGGCUACCAUCAAGUGUACCAGCAUACACACAAUGGGAGUCCCAGAAAGAAAUAAGAGAGUAAAAGGGGCAGGAAGAGUAUCUGAAGAAACAGUGCUCCAAAGUCUCCAAUUUGAUAAAUGACAUAAUGUAACACUUCCAAGAAGCUCCAUGAACUUUAAGUAUGAUAAAUUCAAAGAGUCCCCAAUAGCAUUACAUUAAUAAUCAAAUGGUUAGAAGCCAAAGACAGAGAGGCUUAAAAGCAGCUAGACAGAAUGAUCACUACAUACAAAGGACCUUCCAUAAGAUUAACAGCCAAUCUAUUACCAUGGAAGCCAGAAGGCAGUGGAGUGAUAUAAAGUGCUGAAAGAAAACAAACAAACUGGUAACCAUGAAUUCUAUAUCUGUCAAAACUAUCCUGCAGAAAUGAUGGAGAGGCCAGGUGCAGUGACUCAUGCCUAUAAUCUCAGCACUUUGGGAGGCUGAGGCAAGUGGAUUGCUUGAGUUCAGGAGUUCAAGACCAAGCUGGGCAACAUGGCGAAACCCGAUCUCUACAAAAAAUACAAAAAUUAGGCAGGUGUGGAGUACAUGCUCAGCUAGCUAGGAGGCUGAGGUGGGAGGACCACUUGCGACCUGGAGGUUGAGGCUACAGUGAGUUGUAAUUGUGCUACUGCCCUCCAGUCUGAGUGAUAGAGUCAUCCCAUUUAAAAAAAAUGUAUCAUAAAAACCUAUAGAAUUCUUGAAGAACCAUCCACAGGUGCUUCUUGAUACUGUGCCUCAGAAAAUAAAUUAGAAGAAGCAUCAUACUCCUACCCAGACCCAGCACAGGAAGAAACAUAUGCCUCCAACAUUUUAUCCCAUGAGCAAGGCAACUUCUGUAGAUUGAAGAUUUUGUCUUAACUUCAAAAAGUGCUUCUUCUAAUUUAUUUUCUGAGGCACAGUAUCAAGAAGCACCUGUGGAAAAAAAAUGAUUCAAAAGAAGAAAACCGUAACCAUCCUACAGGUGAGCGACUUAUGUUUCUCUCUUUUCUACUUAACUCGUAGAUAAGAGAGAAACAUAAACUAUUUCUCUACUAAGUUGUCCUAAGAUAAGACCUUUCUCUCUCUCUCUGUGUGUGUGUGUGUGUGUGUGUGUGUGUGUAUGUAUGUGUGUGUUUGUCCCCUGUGGCUUUUUUUUGGAGACAGAAUCUCAAUCUUUGGCCCAGCCUGGUGUGCAGUGGCAUGCUCUCAGCUCACUGCAACCUCUGCCUCCAGGGUUCAAGUGAUUUUCGUGUCUUAGCCUCCUGAGUAGCUGGGAUUACAGGUAUGCACCACCAUGCCCAGAUAAUUUUGUGUAAUUUUAGUAGAGAUGGGGUUUCACCAUGUUGGCCUGGCUGGUCUCAAACUCUUGGCCUCAAGUGAUCUGCCUGCCUUGGCUUCCCAAAGUGCUGAGAUCACAGAUUUGAGCCAUUGCACCCAGCCACAAUGCCUUGUUCCUAAUUUAGAGUUAAUUCCUUGGUGUAGAAAGCUCAAAUACAUUUUUCUUCUUUUUUACACAAUAUGCUUCUCUAGCCUUUUAUUUUGGAAAAUUUUAAACAUCCAGAAAAGUUGAAAGACCACUGCAGUGAUUACUGAUAUACCCAACACCUAGAUUCAGUAGUCAAUAUUUUGCUGUAUUUACUUUGUCAGUACAAAUGUAUGUGUGUAUAUAUCUACAUGUAUAUCCUUAUUUUUACCUCUAUAUAUAAUUUGCUGAACCAUUUCACUGAAAAUAAUAUGGAGGUAUCUUGUUACUUCAUUCCAAAUAUUUCGGUAUGUAUCAAGUAAAAAUAAGGACAUUCAUCUGUAUAUCCACAGUGCUAUUAUUAUACCUAAGGAAAUUAAUAAUUCCUUAAUAUUCAAGUUCAUUUUGGAAUUCCCCAAAUUGUCCCAAAAUGUCUUUUAAAGGUGCUUUGUUUUUAAAGGAUCCAAUUAAAUUCAUGCAUAUCCAGUCAAGUUAUGAGUUGUUUGAUUCUUACAACUCUUUAGUCUUUUUAUUAGAAAAGCCCACAAGUUUUUUUUUCUUUCUCAUAACAUUAACCUUUUGAAGAAAUGUCAAGUGUCUUUAUUUAAUUUAAUUUUAUUUUAUUUUUGAGACAGGGUCUUGCUCUGUCUCCUAGGUUGGAAUGCCGUGGAACCAUCUCAGCUUACUGCAGCCUCUGCCUCCCAGGUUCAAGUGAUUCUUGUCUUUUAGACUCCCAACUAGCUGGGAUUACAGUCAUACACCAACAUGCCCGGCUAAUUUUUGUAUUUUGUAGAGAUGGGGUUUGGACAUGUUGGCCAGGCUAGUCUCGAAUUCUUGGCCUCAAGCAAUUCUCCUCCCUAGGCCUCCCAGAGUGCUGGGAUUAUAGGUUUGAUCCACCACAACCGGCCUCAAGUGUCUUAAUUGGAGUUUCGUAGUUUCUCUUACGUAUUAAAGAAUUCCUUGAGUGUCGUAAAAUUGUUGACAUACAUUAUUUUUAACUAAUAAAAUUUUUAGCAUAGUAACUUGUAAAAUUCUCAUGUUUUAAGACAUGAAUCUGUUUUUCUUGAGAAAAAUUCUUCCUAAUUUUUAUCUUAGGAGAAGGUAUUUUAUCAUAUUGGGAGAAAAUGAUAGAACAGAUUUAGGGAGAGAUGACGAUUCCUCAGAAGUGGCUAAUAUUGAAGAAAGCUAUUGUUCAUGUUGAAAGGAAUGAGAAAUAUGCUAUUUAAUACAAUAGCUGGCCUUUGUUAUUGAACACUUUCCUUGUUUGAAAGAGCUAUACUUUUUUUGUUUUUGUUUGACUAUGCUUUUAAAUAUAAGGUUAAAGAUACAACCUAUUAGGUAUUGUCGACAACAAACGAGGUUGAGGAGAUAACGUCAGUUAAAGUUGCUUUGACAUUGUAUUGCCAAAGCUUUUCACUUAAGAGAAACAUCUGAAUAAAAUCAGUCUUCUCUCAAAUAGUUAAAUCCUAUUUUUGGAGAAGGGAAAAAUUAAGUAUUGGGAUCUCCCAUUUGGUCACUUAUCAAUUAUGAUUGCAUAAUUAGAUAAGUUAUAGAAUUUUAAAAUAUGGCAAAGAUAAAGUAUUUUAUCUUUUAAAUAGGUUGAUUAGAGCACUUUUGAGGAUCAGCCUCUAUUUAAAAUGGAUAGACAGCAGACCAGGCGCGGUGGCUCACGCCUGUAGUACCAGCACUUUGGGAGGCUGAGGCAGGUGGAUCACAAGAUCAGGAGUUCGAGACCAGCCUGGCCAACAUGGUGAAACCCUGUCUCUACUAAACAUACAAAAAUUAGCUGGGCGUGGUGGCGUGUGCCUGUAAUCCCAGUUCCUCUGGGAGGCUGAGGCAGGAGAAUCAAUCGAACAAGGGCGUCGGAGGUUGCAGUUAGCAGAGAAUGCGCAACUGCAUUCCAGCAUGGAUGAUAGAGUGAGACUCCAUCUCAAAAAAAAAAAAAAGAAUAGACAGCAACUUCAGUGGAAAACUGCUCUUAUAAAUAAAGAACCGUGUGCAGAGAACCUUACCUUUAAAAAGGACAACAAAGCUAGAACCAAGAGGGGAUCUGUCACCAUCAAUCAGAAGCCAAAAGUGCUGAAGUGUAAUAACAGGAAAAGUCUGUCUCCAUCAGGACUGAAAAUACAGACAGGGAAGAAAUGUGAUGAGCAGUUUAGAGACCAGAUCAAAUUUGAAAAAAAUGUUACAUCUAAUAAUAAAGAAAAUGUACCUGAGUGUCCAAAACCUUGUGAUACCGGCUGUACAGGGUGGAAUAAGACAUCAGAUAAAGACAGACAUCCUCUUUCAUCAGGGCCGGCCCGCUGCCUGGCUUCUAAGAGCCUUGUCAGGGAGACCGUGAAAGACUCGGAAUCUUCUCUUGACGUUUCUCUUCAGAAAACGUUAAAGACGUGGGAACGAGAAAAGGAAAAGGAAUAUUUGGAGUUGGAUGAUUUUUUGUUUUUAGAACAAGCUGCUGGUGAAAUAUCAUUUUCUAGUAAUUCCUCAUUUGUACCGAAAAUCUUAGAAAGGGAUCAACAGAUCCGCAAAGGUCACCGGAUGUCUUCCACCCCUGUCAAAGCUGUGCCGCAGAAGACAAAUCUGGCAGGUUCCGUUGGUCAGUGUAACUGCAGUGAGGAUUUGGACCACGCUGCACGUGAGAGUGUGCAGUGUGAGUGUGAGGUCACACCCAAACAAAACCGUUCAUUGUCCUCAGCUGAUGAAUCGAGGGAACAGCCUUGUAAAAUCAUUAGGAAAGCCUUCCAAAAGAGCACUUCUGAAAAUCAAACUGAAUGGAUUGCAGGUGACAAUGAAGGUGUUAUGAACAGUGACAGUAGCACUGCCUCUGAGGAGCAGCUUGAUGUUACCAUAAAACCAUCGACUGAGGAUAGAGAAAGGGGCUUCAGCAGCAAAGAGGAUAGCCCACAAGUCUGUGAUGGUAAGGGGCCUUUUAGGGACACCGGGACUCAAGAAGAUAAAAGGAGAGAUGUUGAUCUGGAUUUGUCUGAUAAAGAUUACAGUAGCGAUGAGUCUAUCAUAGAAAGCAGCAAACAUCAAGUGUCUGAGCCCUCAAGAUCCUCAUCGCUAACUAUGAGUAAAAUGGACUUUGAUGAUGAAAGAACUUGGACUGUUGAGGAGAAUUUGUGUAAUCAGGAUGUUAUUCUUGGGAAUGAAUCUAGUUACGGGACUCCGCAGACGUGCUACCUUAAUAAUGAAGUAGGCAUCCUGGACAAAACAGUAAGAAGGAAGAUUGCACCAGUCAAGAAGGGAGAAGACUUGAGCAAAUCUAGGAGGAGCAGAACUCCUCCUCCUACAUCAGAGCUGAUGAUGAAAUUCUUUUUUUUUUAAUUUUUAUUUUUCUUUAAUUUAUUUUCCUUGAAGGGUAGGGGACAGAAUCAAAGGGUAGGGGACAGAAUCAAAGGGCUCCCUGGGUCCCCAUUCUCAGAGCACCUUUCUUUUAUUUUUUUUUUUGAGAGAAGGAAAGAAAAAAAAGGAGUGAAGGAGAGGAAGAAAGAGGAAGAAAAAGAGGGAGAAUGGAAAUGUUACUUUAUUCUAAAAAAUGGGUAUUAAUAAUGGCCAGUCAAUAUUUCACUUAAACCUAUGAGUAGGUGUGAUGUGGUAUUGACAAGAAUGUAUAUUUUGUAUAUUUAAAGUGGAGAGCUCUAUAAAUAUUUAUUAAGUUUACUUCUUCUGGAUCUGAGUUCGAGUCCAGGAUAUCCUUACUAAUUUUCUGUCUCAUGGAGUCUAAGUCUCUAUGCAUCUGGGUGUUAGGAUCGUUAGCUCUUAUUGUUGCAUUGAUCCUUUUACCACUAUAUCUUUGUUGCUUUAAAAUCUAUUUUAUCAGAUGCAAUAAUUGCAACUCCUGCUUUUUAUUUAUUUAUUUAUUUUAGCUCUCCAUUUGGUUGGUAAAUCUUUCUCCAUCCCUUUGUUUUGAGUCUUUAUGUAUCCUUGCAUGUGAAAUGGGUCUGGAUGUAGCAUACCGUUGGGUUUUGGCUGUAUCUUUUGAUUGGGGGAUUUAGUCAAUUUAAAUUUAGGAUUACUGCCAUUUGAUGUUAACUGGCUGUUUUAUCCAUUUGUUGAUGUAAAUUCUUCUUUAUGUUGAUGGUCUUUAUUUUUUGGUAUUUUUUAGAAAGGCUAAUACUGGUUGUUUCUUUCUAUGUGUAAUGCUUCUUUCAGAAGCUCUUGUAAAGCAGGCCUGGUGGUAAUAAAAUCUCUGAGUACUUGCUUGUUCAUAAAAGAUUUUAUUUUUCCUUCAGUUGUGAAGCUUAGUUUGGCUGGAUAUGAAAUUCAGAGCUGAAAUUUCUGUUCUUUAAGGAUGUUGAAUAUUGGCCCCCACUCUCUUCUGGCUUGUAGGGUUUCUGCUGAGAGAUCUGCUGUAAGUCUGAUAGGCUUGCCUGUGGGUAACCUGACCUUUUUCUCUGGCUGCCCUUAGUAUUUUCUCCUUCGUUUCAACCCUGGUGAAUCUAACGAUUAUGUGCCUUGGAGUUGCUCUUCUUGAGGAAUAUCUUUGUGGUGUUCUCUGUAUUACCUGGGGUUGAAUAUUGUACUGCUUUGCUAGGUUGGGAAAAUUUUCCUGAAUAAUAUCCUGAAGAAUAUUAUCUAGCUUGGAUUCAUUCUCUCUGUCGCAUUCAGGUACACCUAUCAAACGUAAAUUAGGUCUUUUCACAUAGUCCCAUAUUUCUUGGAGACUUUGCUCAUUCCUUUUUAUCCUUUUUUCUCUGAUCUUGUCUUCUCGUUCUAUUUCAUUAAGUUGGUCUUCGACCUCUGAUAUCCUUUCUUCUGCUUGAUCAAUUCGAGUGUUUAAACCUGUGCAUACUUCUUGGCAUUCCCAUAUUGUAUUCUUCAGUUCCAUUAAUUCACUUAUAUUCCUCUCUAAAUUGUCUAUUCUCAUUAGGAUUUCAUCAAACCUUUUUUCAAAGUUCUUUACAUUGGGCUACAACAUGUUCUUUUAACUCACAGAAGUUUCUUAUUAUCCAUCUUCUGAAGCCUGAUUCUGUUAAUGGGAUGCACUCUUUCUCCAUCAAGCCUUGUUCCCUUGUUGAUGAGGAACUGUCAUCCUCUUUAGAGGGAGAGGCAUUCUGAUUUUGAGUAUUCUCAGCCUUUUUACACUGGUUUAUUCCCAUCAUUGUAAAUUUAUCCACCUGUUGUCUUUGUAAUUACCAACUUUCAAAUUAGGUCUCUGAGUGGACGUCCAAGUUGUUAAUUCCCAGGGCCAAAAUAUGAACAACCCACUGCACUGGCCAAAACAGUGACGUUAAGACUGAUGGUGCUUUUCUGCCCCAGAAUCUCCAGUCUGGCUUCCUUCUUGAGUCAGCAAUAGGCGACUCUGCCUUCCUGGAGCUCUAAAAGUCAGUCAGAAGGGGAACCAGUCCUGUUUACUCUGCACCAAGAGCUGCCGCGCUGAGGUGCCGGCAAAACCACUGCACCGGCCACAAGAGUCGCGCUGGUGACCCGUGGAGCUCCUCCACUGGGAAUCUUCUGCUCUGUGAGCAACAAAAAUUUGUCUGAAAGUGUGGCAUCCUCUUGUUCUCUGUGCUUUCACUGGGAGCUGCAAUCCCAAGAUGUAGCAAUCAGCCUUGAAACCAAAACCAAAGUCAGAUUCACACUUGGGAAGUGAACCCAAGUUAAACAUAAGUCAAGACCAACCACCUGGUGAGUCAGAGCCUUAUAAAAUAUGUAUCAGAAUGUGAGAAAUUUAACAUUUAUCAAUGCUGUCAGAAUGCUUAAAAUCCUAACUUUCCUUAUUGCUCAAUAGAAGUCAAAUUGCUGGGUGAUUUGUAAAAAUUUGAUUUAUUUUGUGGAUCCAUAUAAUGUAAUAGUCACUAGUAUAAGAGAUUCAGAUGAAUUGUCCUUUCAGAUUUUUCAAACUUAAACUUAAAUUUGACUUUUCUAAGGCUUUAAAAUUAAUUACUUUUUAAUAAAGCGAGAUAACAUCAAAGCUUCUAAGUUUCUUUUUUUCCCUGAGACCUGUUCCAAGUCCCCCUUCCUAGAAGUACCAGCAUUACCAUUUCAUUUGUGUAUUCUAAAGAGUCCAUGCAUAUAAAGGCAUAUGUGUGCAUGGGUAUAUAAUUACCUUUCUAUACAAAUGAAAAGAUGCUUUUUGCAUCCUGUCCUGUACCUUGCUUAUGAUAAAUUUUGAAGAUUGUUCUAAUGCAUAUACCCAUCUAUCUCAUUCCAUUUAAUGGAUGUGUACUAUUUCACUUGAUUUAAUGGAUUUUUAAAACCAGCAUUGAAAGAGUCCUUUCCAUUAUAUUGUAAACUCUGACCACCUUGGAGAUCAUAGGUGCUUUAAAAUAGAAAUUAUAAUGUUAUUUUUCAAAAAUUCUGAUUUUAAAAGUAAUAUUUUUUUUUUUUGCAGAAAGUUUGGAAGUUUAAAAAGUAUAGAAGCAAAAAUAUUUACAACUUAACUACCCCAAAGUGACUGCUAUGUCAUUUUGGGAAGUUCCUUCCAGUCAUUUUUCCUAUGCUGCUUUUUUUUUUUUGAGACAGAGUCUCACUCAGUCACCAGGCGCCAGGCUGGAGUGCAGUGGUGUGACCUUGGCUCACUGCAACCUCUGCCUCCCGGGUUCAAGCAAUUCUCCUGCCUCAGCCUCCCGGGUUCAAGCAAUUCUCCUGCCUCAGCCUCCCGAGUACCUGGGACUACAGGUGCGUGCCACCACGCCCAGCUCAUUUUUUUGUAUUUUUAGUGGAGACGGGGUUUCACCAUGAUGGCCAAGAUGGUCUCGAUUUCUCGACCUCAUGAUCCACCCACCCACCUCGGCCUCCCAAAGUGCUGGGAUUACAGGCGUGAGCCACUGCGCCCAGCUUCCUAUGCAUUUUUAAUAUGACAGAGAAGUAUAACUUGCCUCAUUCCUCUAGCCUUGUGGCUCACAUUCAGAGGCAGAGACUGGAGUGAUGUUGCUGUAAUCCAGAUGCAGUAAUUCAGUUUUAUCUUUAAGACCGUCUGUAAGCAAUCUGAAACAUUUUUAAUCCAGCAAAUAUAACUGAAAAGGAGGUGAAAUCCUUAUCACAUAAGAUUUUUUUUUACUGAAUAAAAUGACCCAAUGUAGUCAAUGAUAUGUCAAAAGGAAAAUUUUCUUAGUGGAGAGGUCAUAAAUUGAAAUUUGAAAAAAAGUGUGAAGCUAUGGAUUAAAUGGCACUUUGUUAGUUACUGUAUUGGUUUCUCUGGGCUGCUGUAACAAUGUAUCACCAACUAGGUGGUUUAAUGUGCCACAAGUAUUCUCCCCCAGUUUUUGCUUUGACUGUAGAAUUGUGUGUACCCUGUAGACAUUUUGAAUAUUUAGCCAGUAGGAAUAUCUUGAGCUCCUGGGCUCAAGCUUGCCUUGGCCUCCCCAUGUUGGUGUUACAGGCUUGAGCCACUGUGCCCAGCUAGCUAGGUUUUUUUUUUUUUUUGGAAGAAGUCUCAAUCUGUCACCCAGGCUGGAGCGUGGUGACACAAUCUCUGCUCACUGCAAUCUCUACCUCCUGGGUUCAAGCGAUCCUCCUGCCUCAGCCUCCUGAGUAGCUGGGAUUACAGGUGUGCACCACCAUGCCUGGCUAAUUUUUUUUUUUUUUUUUUAAGUAGAGAUGGGGUUUUACCACAUUGGUCAGGCUGGUCUUGAACUCCUGACCUCGUGAUCUGCCCACCUUGGGCUCCCAAAAUGCUGGACUUACAGGUGUCAGCCACUGUGCCCGGCCAGUUUUUUUCACUGUGGUUUCCUCACUACCAUGUAGAAUGCCUGAUUCAUCAUAGGCACCCAGUGAAGGCUUGUUGGAUGAAUGCUUUGGUGAGUGGAUUGGCUGUUAUUUCAGGCCUAUGGACUGAAGAUGAAUUCACUAGGACUGGCAGUUACCAGCCUGUCAACAGGUUCUGCACAUCACUGCACUGAGAUGGUCUCCUUAGGUGAAAACAUAGUUUGGUCAUUUUAGGAAAGAAAUUGCAGACUUUGAACAACAGAAAGCAAAAGAAUUAGCUUGAAUAGAAGAGUUUAAGAAGGAGGAAAUGAGGAAGCUUCAAAAGGAAUGUAAAAUUUUUGAGAAGUAUACUACAGCUGCAAGAGCUUCUCCAGAUAAAAAGGAAUGGGAAGAAAUACAGGAAUGCUAGUUCUUUAUGUUAUAGUCAUGUAAGUUAGUAAAGUUGACAAUAUUAUAAGAAUCUCAUUAGAGUUAUUUCAUAUGUCAAAGCAAAACUAUGUAUCAAUCCAUUAUUGAUUCUUUCAACAAAUAAUCUGUCUGAGACAGUGUGUCAGGAAUAUAUUUUGUAGUCUGACUUUUAAAGGGUAAAAUAUGUAUCAGUUCUUUUCUUACUAGUAAAGACUUCCUAGAAAAGACCAUGCUAAUGUCAUGGAUGAAUGAACAAGCCAGGAGUUGGAAAUUCACCAGCAUAAUGUUGUGUUAAUCUUUUUGACCUGCCACACACCAAAUACUGUUAGUUCUGAUCAUUUAUCAUAACUUACAGCUGUAAAUAACCAGGUGUUUAAUUCCAAAACUCAGAAACUGAUAGGCCAGAUUAUCAGUCCUGUUCAUUUCAUAGUUAGAAAUGGACAUGAUCAGAAGGAUAUAGCAGUUAAAAAAGAACUCAUGCAGUUCUUGCUAAAACUAUAAGCCUUCUAAAAAAAAAAGGUGAAAUUAUUUAUGACAUUGGCAUAUGCAAAGAUUUCUAAGAAAAUAUACAACUAACUAUAAAAGAAAAAAUGGAUAUAUUGGACUUCUUCAAAGUUAAAACUUAUCAAAAGAGGAACUGAAAAUGGCUAUCCAUCAACAAAGAAUUAGGAGAUCCAAGAUGGCUGAUCACUAACAGCUCGGGAUUGUAACUCCCAGUGAAAGUGCAGAGAAUGAGAGGACACCACACUUUCAGAUGAAUUUUUGUCACUCACGGACCAGCAGAUUCCCAGUGGAGGGGCCCCACGGGUCGCCAGCGCGAUGGCACGGCAGCUCUUCCUGCAGAGUAAACGGGAGGAGAUUCCCGGGCAGAAGAGCACUAUCAGUCUUAUCACUGCUGUUUUGGCUGGCGCAGUGGGUUGCUCAGAUUCCAGCACUGGGAAUCAAUAAACUGGGCAUCCACUCAGAAACCCAACUAGAAAGGUGGUAAUCGUAAAGAUGACAGAUGGGUAAAUUUAUAACAAAGGGAAGAAACCAGCCUAAAAAGGCUGAGAAUACCCAAAAUCAGAACCCCUCUCCCUCUACAGGGGAUUAUAGUUCCUCAUCAGCAACGGAAGAAGCCCAGAUGGAAAAGGACUGUGUGCCAUUAACAGAAGUAGGCUUCAGAAGGUGGAUGAUGAGAAACUUCUGGGAGUUAAAAGAACUUGUUCUAACCCAAUGUAAAGAAACUAAGAACUUUGAAAAAAGGUUUGACAAAAUGCUAAUAAGAAUAGACAAUAUAUAGAGGAAUAUAAAUGAAUUAACGGAGUUGAAAAACACAACACAAAAACUUAGCAAAAUUUGCACAAGUUUGAAUAGCCGAAUUGAUCAAGCAGAAGAAAGUAUAUCAGAGGUCGAAGACCUACUUAAUGAAAUAAAACAAGAAGACAAGAAUAGAGAAAAAAGGAUAAAAAGGAAUGAGCAAAGUCUCCAAGAAAUAUGGGACUAUGUGAAAAGACCUAAUUUACAUUUGAUAGGUGUACCUGAAUACGACGAAGAGAAUGAUUCCAAGCUGGAAAAUACUCUUCAGGAUAUUAUUCAGGAAAAUUUUCCCAAUCUAGCAAAGCAGGACAGUAUUCAACCCCAGGUAAUACAGAGAACACCACAAAGAUAUUCCUCAAGAAGAGCAACUCCAAGGCACAUAAUUGGUAGAUUCACCAGGGUUGAAACAAAGGAGAAAAUACUAAGGGCAACCAGAGAGAAAGGUAAAGUUACCCACAAAGGGAAGCCUAUUAGACUUACAGCAGAUCUCUCAGCAGAAACCCUACAAGCUAGAAGAGAGUGGGGGCUAAUAUUCAACAUCCUUAAAGAACAGAACUUUCAGCCCAGAAUUUCAUAUCCUGCCAAACUAAGCUUCACAACUGAAGGAAAAAUAAAAUCUUUUAUGAACAAGCAAGUACUCAGAGAUUUUAUUAUCACCAGGCCUGCUUUACAAGAGCUUCUGAAAGAAGCAUUAUACAUAGAAAGGAACAACCAGUAUUAGCCUUUCUAAAAAUAUACCAAAAAGUAAAGACCAUCAACAUAAAGAAGAAUUUACAUCAACGAAUGGAUAAAAUAGCAAGUUAACAUCAAAUGGCAGUAACCCUAAAUUUAAGUCGACUAAAUCCCCCAAUCAAAAGAUACAGCCAAAACCUAGUGGUAUGCUACAUCCAGACCCAUUUCACAUCCAAAGAUACACAAAGACUUAAAACAAAGGGAUGGAAAAAGAUUUACCAACCAAAUGGAGAACAUAAAUAAAUAAAUAAAUAAAUAAAAAGCAGGAGUUGCAAUUCUUGCAUCUGAUAAAAUAGAUUUCAAAGCAACAAAGAUAUAGUGGUAAAAUGAUCAAUGCAACAAUAAGAGCUAAUGAUCCUAACACCCAGAUACAUAAGACCCAUAAAGAGAUUUAGACUCAAUGAGACAGAAAAUUAAUAAGGAUAUCCAGGACUUGAACUCAGAUCCAGAACAAGUAAACUUAAUAAAUAUUUAUAGAGCUCUUCACUUUAAAUACACAAAAUAUACAUUCUCCACCUUAAAUACACAAAAUAUUGAUCGGCUAUUAUUAAUACCCAUUUUUAGAAUAAAGCUACAUUCCUGUUUUCUCUCCCUCUUUUUCUUCCUCUUUCUUCCUCUCCUUCACUCCUUUAAAAAAAAAAAAGGCUAUCCAUUGCUUCUAGCAAAAAAUGCAAACUCACCUUCCACAGUCUGUAUUUUAAUUACUAGCAGUUUUGAGUUCCAGUCUUUGCUUUCUUCCUGUCUCAGGUAGCCAUCCUUGAGCAAUCUCACCUGCACACCUCCAGCUUGAGUUGUUGAAUAGCAUGGUGCUCAGGGUCUUUAAUUCUUUCUUUAUUUUUGUGGGAAGAAGCUUACCAUUAUGUUUUGGUUAAUGCUUAGUUUAUUAAAUCUAAUAUGUUAGACUUUGACAAUAUUUAAUCUUUUAUUUCAAAAGUUAAUAUAAAUAUAUCAUCAUUCAAAAGGUACAGAAGGAUGUGUAGUGAAAUUUCUCCCUCACUCUUGCCCUAGCCACCCAUUCAGUUUUAAAAAAAAAUAAUUUAUUGUUAUAGAACAUUUCAAAAGUACAUGAAAGUAGCAAGAAUAAUAGCAUGAAUUCUCAUAUUUCACCAGUGAUCAUUUUGUCUUUCUAAUUUCAUCUCUCGGGCACCUCUACUCUUUUUUCCCUUUUUAAUCUGGAAUUUAAAAAGUAAAAUCCCAGACAUCUCAUUUCACCUGUAGUCUAGUAUGUUUCUCUGUGAAAGACACCUUUAAAAAAUAAGAUUAUCAGCUGGGCACAGUGGCUUAUGCCUGUAAUCCCAGCAUGUUGAGAAGCUGAGGCAGGCAGAUUGCUUGAGGUCAGGAGUUUGAGUCCGGCCUGGCCAGCAUGGCAAAUCCCCGUCUCUACUAAAAAUACAAAAAAAUUAGCCGGGUGUGGUGGUGCAUGCCUUUAGCUACUUGGGAGGCUGAGGUAGGAGAAAUGCUUGAACCUGGGAGGCAAAGAACCAGUGAGCCAAGAUUAUGCCUCUGCAUGACAGCUCCAGUGACAGAGUGAGACUCUGUCCAAAAUAAUAAUAAUAAUAAUAGUAAUAAUAAUAAUAAUACCUUUGUCACAUAUAACAAAAAGUGAUUCCUUAAUACCAACUAAUACUUAGUCCAUAUUCCGAUUUUCUGAUCACUCAGGGUAUCUUUUUACAGUUGAUUUGUUUGCAUUCUAAUUUACCUCUUUUGGGGCAGCUGGUAUUAUCAAUCUCAUAUCUUUCCAGAGAAAUUCUUAGCAAGUACAUAAAUAUAUAUAUCCAUGGUGUUUUUUUUAAAUAGUGAAAGUCUACUAAAAUCGUUAUGUAUCUUAACAGAACAUCUUUAUUCUUUGUUUUAUUAUUGUAUAGAAUAUGUGCCAUAAUAUACUUACCUAAGCACUUAUGUAUUUCUGUUCUUUUUCUAUUUGUGAGAAUACAAGAAGGGCUGCACUGAAUAACUUCGUGCAUAUAUGACCUCUCACAAUCAUCUUCUACUUAUUAAUUCAGCAUGUGGCUACUGAGUAGCUGCUGUGUAGCAGGUAUGUGCUAGGAAUCUGGUAGUGAACAAAAUAAAUCAAUCCCUGUCCCCAUGUAGCUUGUUUCCUGGAGUAUAUCCAUCUGUGAGACAGAUUCCUACAAGUGAAAUUUUGAAGUUAAGAGAUAUGUACAUUGAUACAUAUCAAUUUCAGUUUUUUUUUUUUUUUUAGACAGAGUCUCACUCCAUCACUGUGCAAGGGCUCGAUCUCAGUUCACUGCAACCUCCACCUCCCAGGUUUAAGCGAGUCUCCUGCCUCAGCCUCCAGAGUGGCUGGGAUUACAGGCACCCACCACCAUGCCUGGCUAAUUUAUUUUUAGUUCUACUAGCAAUUCUUAGAGUGCUUUUUGUUCUUUACUUGAUAGGUAAGAAAUUAAACAUUGGUAUGAACCUUAAUUGAAUUUAUUUUAAACAAUCUGAACUAUAGUUACAAAUUUGGUAUGGCUUUUUUUGGUGAACAAGCCAAACACAUUACACUGUAGUUAUAACAAAUUCUGCUACUAGAAAACUUCACCAAAUUUACAACCAUAGCCUAUUCUAAAAUACAUGAUGUGUUUGUCAUUUCAUUUUUAUUGUUUCUGGAUCUCCUAGGAUUAGAGAUAUUUUGAUAACCUUGCUGGUAUGGAAAGCUCACCAGAUCCAAAGGGAAAAAAUAAACAACCUCCUUAGACCACCAAAGGUUAUGAGAUUUAUUGUUGUUUUUUUUUCCCCUCUCUUCUCCUCUUUCUCAUAGCUCUGAUCCUGACCAGUUCUUCCAAGGAAGAACUGAAAAGAAAGGAAACUGAAUGGUCAAGUACACACAGGAGUCUCAGAAGCCAGAUAGAAAUGUUACUGAGAGAGACCACAGACCUCUUGGAAGAAAUAAGUGAUGGAAAGAUUCCGACUGGAAGCCUGGAAGAGAGCAGAAGCCAUAGAGAGCAGCCUCGAGGUGGAGAAGAAGGACAAGCUAAUGGGACAUGGAUGAAUCUGGAGAACAUCAUUCUCAGCAAACUGACACAAGAACAGAAAAUGAAAUACCGCAUAUUCUCACUCAUAGGCGUUUGAGGAAAAAUGAGAACACAUGGACACAGGGAAGGGAGUACUACACACUGGGUUCUAUUGGUGGGAAUAGGGGAGGGACAGCGGGGUGGGGGUGGAGCUGGGGAGGGAUAGCCUGGGGAGAAAUGCCAAAUGUGGGUGAAGGGGAGGGAGGCAGCAAAACACACUGCCAUGUGUGUACCUAUGCAACUAUCUUGCAUGUUCUGCACAUGUACCCCAAAACCUAAAAUGCAAUAAAAAAUAAAUUAAAAAAAAAAGAAUUCAUUUGCAUCCCCAUUGUUCCUAUAGACAGGAGCUCUGGCAUUAGAAUCAUAAAUUUUGGUUAAGAAUCACUUAAGAUGUUUUUCAGGUCCUGAAUUCCAGUGGAGUAGCUGAAGCCCGCCAGUUCGAAGAUUCCCAGGGAGGAAUAAAAUCAGCGUAUGAAUAUAGCUUCUUUCAUCCCUCUGUCCGAGGACUUCACCCUGCGCUGUUUCACCAAUCAAUGAUCUCUGCAUUUCAGCCUACUCCAACACCCUUAAAAAUUCUCACCCCAAAUCCCUUGGAGGGAUGGAUCUGAGGUUUCCUCAGAUCUUUUUGUUUGAUGGUCCUAUGAUUAAACCUCUUUUUCUGCUGUAACCUGGUGUCUUGGGAUAUUGGCUUGCAGUGCACAUCUGGCAGUGCAUUACAGUUACAUGUUCACCAUGGAAACGUGCCUGGGCUUUCCUGUCUGAGAAGGAAAGACACGUGAGACAGAGUCAAGUCAUCCCAGUCUCCUCAACUGGUAGCCAACCAACCUCCAGGUCUGUGAGCAAGACCAUCCAAGAUCAGCAAAGCCACCAGUGGACCCCCAGUGACCCCAGCUGCAUGAGGAGCACAUUUAUUUAUAUAAACCAUUGAGGCUUUGGUGCUCACUCUUUCUGUGGCAGUAGAUAAUUAAUCUACUUUAUGACCGCACUUACGGCCAGAGUUUGCUGGAACAAUUAACACAGAGGCAUUCAUUUUUCUACUGGUAUUUUUAUUCUGACAAAGCCUAGAGCAUCUGGAAGAUACCAUGUAAACUUGGAGAAAGGGUAUCUGAGACCUAAGU